CCCCCGCGGCCGAGUCCUCUGGCUCCCGGCGGCGCCCCGCCCCCUGGCUCUGCUAACCCGGCUGCGGGAUGCCGCCGUUGCAGGGCUCCUGUUCCCACGGAGUACGGGGGCACCUGCCGAACUAUCACGCUGCUCCUUGACUCGCUCUUCAUGAAGUCGGCUCAGCCGGGUCCGUUCCAGAUCCCGGGUCAGGAAGGUGCCAAGAAUCACGGUGAGGACCGCGCAGCAGAAUGGACUUCGGUCAUCAGGUUCACCGCAGCUGCCAGCGGAGUCCGCAGCGGAGCGUGUACGAGUCAGGCUGCACUCGAAUCGAUGGAUCGAUGCGAUCGGCGCUCAGCGCAGCCAAUGGAGCUGGCUCGAGUGCCUGGAGACUUGGGCAACCAGCUGGAGGCCAAGCUGGACAAGCCAUCUGUCGUUCACUACCUCUGCUUUAAGAGAACAGACAGCUAUUUUACACUCUGGCUGAAUCUAGAACUGCUGUUGCCUGUCAUCAUUGACUGUUGGAUUGACAAUAUCAGGCUGAUCUACAACAGAACAUCCCGGACCACCGAAUUCCCUGAUGGUGUGGAUGUACGUGUCCCUGGCUUUGGGAAGACCUUCUCACUGGAGUUCUUGGACCCAAGCAAAAGCAGUGUUGGUUCCUAUUUCCACACUAUGGUGGAGAGUCUUAUAAGCUGGGGCUACAUACGGGGUGAGGAUGUCCGGGGGGCACCCUAUGACUGGCGCCGAGCCCCAAAUGAAAAUAGUCCCUACUUUCUGGCACUCCGAGAGAUGAUUGAGGAGAUGUACCAGCUGUAUGGAGGCCCCGUGGUGCUGGUGGCUCACAGUAUGGGCAACAUGUACACGCUCUACUUUUUGCAGCAACAACCACAGGCCUGGAAGGACAAGUAUAUCCGUGCCUUUGUGUCACUGGGUGCACCUUGGGGGGGUGUGGCCAAGACAUUCCGAGUUCUGGCUUCAGGAGACAACAACCGGAUCCCCGUCAUUGGGUCCCUGAAGAUCCGGGAACAACAGCGGUCUGCUGUCUCCACCAGCUGGCUGCUGCCCUACAACUAUACCUGGUCCCCUGACAAGAUAUUUGUGCACACGCCCACGACCAACUACACAUUGAGGGACUAUCAGCGCUUCUUCCAGGACAUUGGCUUUGAAGAUGGCUGGCUCAUGCGACAAGACACAGAGGGGCUAGUUGACAUCAUGGUGCCACCUGGAGUGGAGUUGCACUGCCUCUAUGGCACUGGAGUCCCCACCCCAGACACUUUCUACUAUGAGAAUUUCCCAGACCGUGAGCCGAAAACCUGCUAUGGUGAUGGUGAUGGUACUGUGAACUUGCAGAGUGCCCUGAGGUGCCAGGCCUGGCGCAACCAUCAGGAACAACAAGUGUCACUGCUGGAGCUGCCGGGCAGUGAACACAUAGAAAUACUGGCCAAUGCCACAACCCUGGCCUAUCUGAAAAGCCUGCUUCUCGAGCCCUGAUUCCUAGGCCAGACAGACCUGCUAGAUGGCUUGGCCAUGGCUGCUUUUCUGGUCCAGAGAUGCCAUGGUCUGCAGAGUUGAGCAAUUUGUGACUGGCCUCAUCCAAGGCUUUGGGUCUUGGAGUUGUGAAAUGUCUGCUAUGGGGAAGUGUUAUUUCUUAUUCUUCCUCUGUGGGAGUGAGGAAAGGAGAAAUUGUCUAGACUCACUCCAGGAAUACUUCAUGUGUCUGGUGAUGGAAUUGUUGACACCUCAAGACUGACUCUAGGCAGAUUGGCUGGCACCUUUCCCCAUCCCCAACUUCAGGGUCAUGCGUUCCUCUGACCCCUGUGGCCUUUUGACACUUGCCCAUCAGUCUGUGGCUUCUCAGCCUUUCUGUGAAGGAUUUUACUGAGCUGUGACCCCUGUUCUCAAAGGUCCUAGGGAUGAGAUCCUGGUCUCUAGGGCGGUCCUACCAGCACUGGCCACAGGUAGGCCUAUUACUGGCCAUGGGGGUCUAGAGCUACUGGCUUUCUGGGGGUAGCCUGGUGACCCCUGCAGGCAGGGGCAAGAUUGUUAGGUUCUGCAUGGCUCCCAUGACCCCAGAGUAUUUGUUCCUACCUCCCCCACCUCCAUGAGUCACUUAGCUCAGGACUGGAUAGUAGAUGACCCCCUCCCCCCAGUUCUAGGGACUAUGUAACAAGAGCCCUAAGUCCCCCAGUAGUAUUCUUGUUCACAGUAUUAGUGCUAGUUUCUUUUGCCCUGGGACUGUUUUGAGGGUAAGAUUGUCCCUAAUGCCAUGGCCAUCUAGGUACUCAAGGAACAAAGAGAACUCAAGUAUCCAAGGUCACUCAGACCUGCCUGCACUGCCCUCUUGCUAGUCUCACCACUACACUGCCACCAUGCCACUGGUACUCCAGUGGGCUGGCACAAAGCUAAAAGGAAGUAGGGAAUCCCCACAAGGCAGCUCAGUGGUGUGUAGUCUGUAAGGACUAGCCAUGCAAUUUGAGUGGGCCUUGGACAGCCAGGUGCCUUGCCUUCCCCACAGAGGGAUUUGAGUUUUUUUUUUUUUUUUUUUAUAGUCUGCUCCAGUGGUGCUGCAUCAACCUCCCUGUUAUAGCAGUGAUGGAGAACCUGGUUCUGCCUUGGUGACAGUGGGCUUAAAGUGGGCUAUAACUAUAUCCUGAAACUUGGAUCUGGCCUCUAGGGUAAGAGCCCAGAGUCAUAUUCAGGCUGGACUGUGCUGCUUUCCAAAACGUUUCUGUGGCACUGAGUCUCUGUACCUACCCAGCAUCUUUCUCUUUGUUUCUGAGUGAUGGGCCCCAUGGGGGGAUUGGAACAGGCUGUACCUCAAUUCUGGCAAUAAAAGUAUUCUGGAUGCUG